UAUUGGGGGACUUUAUGUAGGAUAGAAACAGGAAACUCAACACUUUAACAACUUCGGGAGAAGCCGAGCGUGAGGCUGGGCAUUAAUGACCCAAUUAUCACUUUAUUUUUUACGAAGUAUGGCCGUUAUGACACUUAACUGAUUAUUAACAUCCGCAUUUAUCUCUUUCAUAACUUCAGCGCUGUAUAAACUUUAAAAGGCUGCACGCACGCGCGCGCGCAGUUGGGCGUGAGACAUCGGGGUGGCUCCCUCAUUUGAACCACUGGUGCAUGAAAUUUAUUUCUACCAUUUUCGGCUCUUCGCCUUCUCAUAUCGUCUGAACGGGGUUUUAUCGCCUAAAAGAUGGGGUGCACCCUGAGCACGGGCGAUAAGAGCGCCCAGGAGAGGAGUAAAAUGAUAGACAAAAACCUGAGGGAUGAUGGAGAGAAAGCCUCGAGAGAAGUCAAGCUACUGCUGCUUGGGGCUGGUGAAUCUGGAAAGAGUACAAUUGUUAAACAGAUGAAAAUCAUCCAUGAGGAAGGUUACUCCGAGGAGGAGUGCAAAGAGUUCAGAGCCGUAGUCUACAGCAACACCCUACAGUCCAUGAUCGCCAUCAUAAGGGCCAUGGGCCGUCUUAAGAUCAACUUUGAAGAUGCUGCCCGGGCUGAUGAUGCACGGCAGCUGUUUGCGCUAGCCGGAUCGGUGGACGAAGGGUUCAUGACUGCCGAACUGGCCGGCAUCAUCCAGCGGCUGUGGAAGGAUUCAGGAGUGCAAGCAUGUUUCGUUCGAUCCAGAGAGUACCAGCUGAACGACUCGGCCUCAUACUACCUGAAUGACUUGGAGAGGAUAUCCAGUCCUUCCUAUCUCCCCACACAACAAGAUGUCUUGAGGAGCAGAGUGAAGACCACCGGUAUUGUGGAGACCCACUUUACCUUCAAAGAUCUCCAUUUCAAAAUGUUUGAUGUGGGCGGCCAGAGAUCAGAGAGGAAGAAGUGGAUUCACUGCUUUGAGGGUGUGACCGCUAUUAUAUUUUGUGUGGCUCUUAGUGACUACGAUCUCGUCCUGGCUGAGGAUGAGGAAAUGAACCGAAUGCAUGAAGCUAUGAAGCUGUUCGACAGCAUCUGCAACAACAAAUUUUUCAGCGACACUUCCAUCAUUCUGUUUCUUAACAAGAAGGAUCUGUUUGAAGAUAAGGUCAAGAACAGCCCGCUCACUAUUUGUUUCCCAGAGUAUGCCGGAUCCAGCACGUAUGAAGAGGCAGCCGCGUACAUUCAGUGUCAGUUUGAAGACUUGAAUAAGCAGAAGGAAUCCAAGGAGAUCUACUCUCACUUCACCUGUGCCACCGACACAAAGAAUGUGCAGUUUGUCUUUGAUGCCGUCACUGAUGUCAUCAUCAAAAAUAACCUGAAGGACUGCGGGCUCUUCUAAAUGAACAGUCUCACUGACCCAAACGAGUGACCUGACAAAACCUUUGGGAGAACCAAAGGAGGAAGAAGCAUGAAUGUUAAAUGCAUUACUUAACUUUUUUAUUUUAUUUAUGUUCUCUGAACAUUUUAACAUUUUUAGAGCAUUUUAGGAAAAAGCCUUUUUGUGUAAAAUAUUUGUACAACUGUAAUUGUCGCUGAAGUCAUUUGUAGGAUUUUGUCCUUUUACAAGGGUAUUUUUCACUCUAAGGGUUUUUUUGGGAACAUUUUCUUACUUUACUAUAAAUGUGAAGGUGGUGUGCCUUGCAUUUUUACAAGUAAAUGUUACAGUUUGCUAUUUAUAAACGCAUCCAUAAAACUUUUAACUUCGACAUUGUAGAUUGAAAAAGCAAAAUACGUUCAAGACCAAACAACUGUGGAUGAUCUUAGAACUGUGAAUUUGAAGGGCAGAGCCACUUUAUGUGGACAGUUUUUUAUAUAUAUCAUGUAUUUGUAUACAUUUCUGCUUUAUCUGAGCACAGCCAUCAUUGCAAGGACAGUGCGUGCCUACAGUACAUCACAUUUGCCUGUGAUUGGAAUGAUGGAAAAACUGUGGUGAAACUGACAAUUGUUGAUGAAUUCGGUCCUCUGCACCUGCAAAUCAAAACUUUUUUUUUAGUAGAGAGCUCUGUGAAAGGUAGAGGCAUGUGUUCAUAAGCAUUUUAUUGAUCAAAGGAAACACUUUUUAAUCUAUAAAUGGACCAAAGGUUUGUACUUUAAACACAUUUCGCAUUAUUUUGCACUAUAGGUCCAUAACAAAUCCAUCUGUUCCACGUUGUAAAACCCUGCAGGGGUACAAUAUACUUUAAUAUGUAUGAUCAAUUAAAAAUACACCUUUCUAAAAUGUCAUCUCUUAUUGAAUGGUAGCAAAUAUUGACUAGUAUCCACUAUUUUGUUAAUAAAACAUGCUGCCGUAUGCAACGGCAUACUUUA